AUGGUUGAUGUUCGUUUGAAGCUUAACACGGGGGCCACCUUGCCGGCCCUGGGGUUGGGCACCUGGCAAAGCCCCGAGGGUCAAGUCCGCGCCGCUGUCACAAGUGCCAUCCAGUCAGGCUAUCGUCACCUUGACUGUGCUUAUGUCUACGGAAAUGAGAGGGAAGUUGGCGAGGGUAUCAGAGAGGGUCUAGCAGCCGCCGGAAUCUCAAGAAGCGACCUGUUCAUCACUACCAAGCUUUGGUGCACAUAUCACACUCGAGUUGAACAGAAUCUAGACAAGAGUCUAGAGCUGCUUGGCCUCGAUUAUGUCGAUCUCUACCUUAUGCACUGGCCGAUUGCGAUGAACCCGGAUGGCAACCAUGAGAAUUUCCCCAAAACAUCCGAUGGGUCGAGGGAUUUGAUUCGCGAUCGAUCCCACAUCGAUACUUACAAGGAUAUGGAGAAGUUACUGGCGACAGGGAAGACAAAGGCAAUCGGUGUGUCGAAUUACUCCAAGGCAUAUCUAGAGCAGCUGUUGCCCCAGAUCAACAUUGUCCCCGCGGUCAACCAGAUUGAGAACCAUCCGCUACUACCCCAGCAAGAGAUUGUCGAUUUCUGCAUGGAGAAGGGCAUUAUAAUUACUGCCUAUAGUCCGCUAGGAAGCGCGGGAAGCCCAUUGUUAACAACGCCUGUUGUGGUAAAGUUGGCGGAAGAAAAGAACACGACUCCGAGCUCGAUCUUGCUCAGCUAUCACAUAGCCCGUGGGAGUGCUGUCCUGGCCAAGUCUGUUAAUCCUUCUCGCAUUGAGGAGAACAAAAGCAUUGUGAGCCUUUCGGAAAGCAAUCUCGCUUCACUGGCCGAAAUUUCUCGAAAUGGCGUCACUCGAAUUGUGUAUCCUGAUUUUGGGGUCGACUUGGGCUUUCCCGACAAGCGUUGA